AUGGAAGACGAAGAAGACGACAAGCCAGAUCGACAAGUUGAGAGUGUUCGAUUGACAAUUGGUGAGGAUGUGGUGGAUAAAGAUGAUAAGGAGAAGAAAAGAGUGUGGACAACUGGAAGAGUGCUGGGAAAAGGUGCAUUCGGAACAGUUUAUCAUGUCAUCGAGAAGACGACGAAGCAGGAAGCGGCUCUUAAGAUCGAGCGCAUGACUGCCGGUGACAAUCUCCUGAAAAUCGAGCGUGAAAUCAUGCAAGCGAUGAAAGAAGAACCCACUGCGAUCCAUAUCUUUGAUGAUGGCAUCUACAACGACUACCGCUUCAUUGUGAUGACUCUCUGUGGACCGGAUCUACAGAAAAUUGCUGAAAUGAUGAACAACACAUUCUCCCCGGAAACCAUCAUCCGCGUGAGCAUUCGAACUCUGUUGGCAGUCAAGACAUUCCAUGAAUACGAGUAUGUCCAUCGUGAUUUGAAACCAUGCAACUUUGCUGUUGACUAUGAUCCAAACUCUCUUCACGUCUACAUAUUCGAUUAUGGAAUGGCGAGAAGAUAUGCAAGAACUGACAAGAGUCGCUGGUAUUUGAGACGUCCCAGAGAUAAUGUUCAAUUCCGUGGCACUGCUCGUUACUGUUCUGUGAACAUGCACAAACGAAAGGAGUUGGGUCGUGUCGACGACGUCUGGUCGUGGUUCUUCAUGAUGAUGGAAAUGCAUAAGCAGCUCCCUUGGAAUGAUGUCCAAAAUCAGGAUAAGAUUGAAGCGAUCAAGGAAUUCCAGCUUCCCGAGUAUAUCUCCAAGGAUCCAUUCUACAGCUCAUUCAAGCCGAUUCUUGAUAUUCUCAACGGAGCUGGGUACUCUGAUCGACCGGAUUACACUAAAAUCUUUGAGAUUCUUCUUGCGAAACUCGAAGAGAUUGGUGGAAAGCUGUCGGGCCCAAUGGAAUAUGAUGCGGCUCGGAUCAAUGCGAUGGAGCCGAAACCUGGAGAGAGUGUUAGACAACAAGUUGAGUCGGUGAGAAUGGAUGAGCCAACAACGAAGCAGUACUUGACGGAUGCAUUCAACAAAGUGGUGAUUCCCGGUGGCAGUCAAUAUGUCAUCCCCGAAUGGGUCGAUUUUUUCGGAAACUUGAAUCCAAAAAAGCCGGAAAAGGAAAAGACGGAAGAACAUAAGAAGCGUAUUCCAAAGUCCCCGCAGUCUCGCACGAAAACUAAGAAGACCGCCGCCACCGGAAAAGCGAAUCUUCCAACUUCUUCAGUUGAGAAAAAGGAUGUGACCCAGGGGACCGUCCCAAGAAAGGACAAGAACAGUAAGCAGAAGCCGAAAAAGUAG